AUGCUCGUGAACGACCUCUUCUUGCUGGCGGGAUUGGAUCUGAACUUGGGAACUGGAUCGGGGGGGAAUACACCCCUCCACCUGGCUGCUCUCGAAGGGAUGGACGAGUUAGCGUCUAGCCUCUUGCUCAGGGAGGCGGACGAAGAUGCUCUCAGCGUCCUAGGCAAGACACCGCUGAUGCGUGCAUCAAGAGCGAACGAUGGGACAACACCUCUCAUGUCUGCGGCGUGGUUCAGCAGGAGGGAUCCCGUCCUUGCCCUCUUGGAGCGCGGCGCUUCCUUGACCGGGGAAGACAGCGACGGAAAUGCGGCGCUGCGCAAUGUAUGCCGUAAAAAGUACAAAGGCGUCGCCGUGGUGGUGGACCUCCUGUGA